AUUUUUCUCUCUGCAUACUCUUUGACGCUAAUGUAGUAUCUUUAUACGCUGGUUUGCUGUUUUCAUGACUGUUUUGUGCUUAUACAUGAGUUAAUUGUUUAGACGAUCGCAAAGAAUUUUACAUGUAAACUGUGGGUGACCGAUGUUUGGUGUGGCAGUCACGAGUUCUUGCUGUGAUUAUGCGUAGCUCUUGUUCAAUCUUUAUAUCAGUGUAUAGUUAUUUUGGUUUCUUUCAAAUGUUGUUACUGGUUCAUGUUGGGUUUUUCUCUGUGUUCUUGUUUCUGGGCAUGUUCAAUUUGUCUUGGUGGUAAAAUUUUGUGUGGGAAUGGAUCUGGAGUGGUGAUCCUGUUGCAGUUGGAACCAGUUUCAAGUAAUGGUGACGUUGCCAAUCUCAUCGGAGAAGCAACUUUGGAGCCGUCACUUUCUCCAGAUUCUCCUGAUAUAAGUUAUGUAUGUGGAGAUCCACAGGCUGAUCCUCGAGUUGGGGAUGAGUACCAGGCAGAAAUUCCUCCCAUGAUACCAGAAGCUGAGCACCGUCAUCUUUUAGCAAAUCCUGCUGAGUCAGAAAUCUCACUUGAUGCUUCUCAUUUGUUUCUAGUGGGUUUACCUGUCAGAGUGAUGUGGGUAAAUGAUAAAUUGAAAAAGGAAAUAAAUGAGGGUUGGAAACCUCUCGAUAAUCAAGAUGAUACCAUUGACAUAAAUGAAUCUCUCAAGUCUAUGAAAAACAAAAGGAGUCAUACUUGUGCAAAGAAAAAGGUUUCGAAACUAAAAGUUGAGCAGUUGGGUGCUGAAUUGAACAACAAAAACGAAUCAAAACCAGCAUCUGUGGCAUCAAGAAUCAAUCCAUGUCAGACAGGCCAAACAAAGAACUACAGACCACUUCCUGGAUCAUUAAGUGACCCUUGGAGCAAUGCUGAAGUGGAUAGCUUUCUUCUUGGUUUAUAUGUGUUUGGGAAGAAUUUUAUCCAAAUAAAGAAUUUAAUCGUGGAUAAGGACAUGGGAGAAAUAUUAUCUUUUUAUUAUGGAGAGUUUUAUAAGUCUGAUAAAUACCAGAGGUGGUCAAAUUGCCGGAAGACAAGAAAUAGAAAAUGUGUAUACGGACGGAAAAUUUUUACUGGGUGGAGGCAACAAGAGUUAAUAUCUCGUUUGCUUCCUCAUGUCCCUGAGCAACUUCAAAAUGGUUUUGUGGAGGCCUCAAAGUCACUUUCUGAGGGAAGUCUUUCACUAGAAGAUUACAUCUACUUCUUAAAGCUCCUUGUUAGUGUUCCUAUUUUAGUUGAAGCUGUAGCUAUUGGUAAGGGGAAGGAAGAUCUAACAAGCCUUGCCAUGGAGCCUCCAAAGACCAAACAAGUGCUUUGUUCAGAAAUACCCACUGGCAAAGCUUGUUCUUCUCUCACGCCAAGUGACAUAAUCAAGUUUUUGACAGGAGGCUUCAGGUUGAGCAAAGCCCGAUGUAAUGAUAUUUUCUGGGAAGCUGUUUGGCCUCGUUUGCUGGCAAGAGGUUGGCACUCUGAACAACCUAAAGAUCAGGCUCAUGUUAGUUCCAAUCAUUAUCUGGUUUUUCUUAUGCCUGGAGUUAAGAAGUUUUCUAGAAGGAAACUUGUCAAAGGAGACCACUACUUUGACUCCAUUAGUGAUAUUUUGAGGAAGGUGGCAUCUGAACCGGAGCUUCUUGAGCUUGAAGCUGAAGAAUUUAGACUCAGCAGUUGCAAUGAGGUUGAUGGGUGGGCUUCAGAAACACUGUCAGAACCAGAUGAUCCAUCUGAUCAUAGAACUAGUUGUUACCUUAAGCCCCGGGUCUCUAAUUGCACUUCAGACCUCAUGAAGGUUACCAUUGUCGAUUCCAGUUUAGUCAGUGGAGGAAAAUCAUCGAAGGUGACAGAACUUAGAUAUGUACCACUUGAUUUCAUGACUACUACUGAACCAACCCAACUAGAAAACAAAGGGUGCUUCUUUGUGGAUUCACUGGAUAAAUCUGUGGUAGAUGAUUGCGCUAUACCAUUAAAUGGUAAGAAGUGUAGAACUGAUUCUGACCACGGCAAAGGUAAAAUUGAUAAUCCAGAUAGAACGAAGUUUACUGUUGUAGACACCAGUUUAAACCAUGGAGGGAAGUCAUCUAGGAUGAGAGAACUGAGAUAUUCUCCAAUUGAGUCUAGACCUGCGAAACGUUUCUUGGGAGAAAACAAACGGAACUCUGACUAUUUGCUGGAUGUUGGUGCAACAGUGAAUAUGCCUCUGAAUGGUGACAAAAAUGACAGUAUUUUCAACCUUGGUGAGGGUGUAGUUGAUACUGAUUAUUCAAAAGACAUGGCACUUGACUUGGAAUCCAGAAAUAAUACAUUAUGGAGUGAGGACCAAAAUGCCAAUUCAUUGGAUGAGGACCAGGCAAAUAGAGCUAUAAAGCGCCAGUUUAGCCGCAGAACAAAAGCUUCUCAGUCAAUUAAUUCAGCUCCUUCCAUAAAACGAAGGAGAUUGACUGCAUGUGUUAAGUCGGAGAUGAGCCAUACAGUUGAAACUUUCCCAGUCAACCCUGAGUUGAAACAGGCCAGAAGGACCUCCUGCACUUCGAACACACCAAAUACAAGAAAUGAUUAUCGUGUGGAUAUUUCUCAAGUGAAUAUGUCGGCAACUCUGUCUCAAUCUGAUGGCAAUGCAGAAGAAAAAGGCAGUGGAAUCGUAUACAGUGGUGACUCUUUUGGCAUGGAGAUGCCUAAUGAUAGCAAUGAGAAACAUCAGCCCCAUCCAUCAAUUGAUUUGAACCUAAACCACAUUCCAGUAGACUCCGGAAAUAUUCAUCCAGUAGAGGUGGACGCAAAUGGUAAUCAGUGCACAAAUUCAAAUGCAGUCUGCUCAUCUUUGACGGGAAACAAGGUUGAUCCAGAGGCAAUGAAGACCUCUAGUAACAAUAAUGGCGCUAUAGAACAGCAGCCUAAUACAAACUGUAGGAGGCAAAGCACAAGAAACCGUCCAUCAACCACUAGAGUGUUGGAAGCUCUUGAAAGUGGAUUCUACAUGGAGAGGAAGCAAAAGAGCACAGAAGUGAAGAAACGAGCAGCUCCUUUCUCAAAUCCUUCUCGCAGGGCUCGCACCAAACUCCAACCCCAUACUAAUGCUGGCACUAGGAGUGUGGAUGGAAAUGUAGGAAACCGACCAGAUGAAGCUGUUAAUGUCCAGGAAGACGAAGUUGGUGAGCCUCUUAAUAAAAUUUAAGAGAAUCGGCUCAGCCAAGAAUCAUCACCAUCACCAUCACCAUCAUCAUGAAGCUUACUUUUCAAUAAUGACUCAUACUAUGCAGAUCCAGAGUACAAAAUUCUCAGUCGUUGUAAAUGGUAGCUGAAUAUGAAGUUGAUGGUGAUUGGAAAAUCAUGGAAGCAUUGGAAAAUUGUUUCGUAUAGCGUAGAUUCAUAUACAGGAAGUAGAGAAGUCUGGCAGGUUAUCAUAAUUUUCGUGGUGCCAAUAACCGGAUACAGUUUUUCGUUUGUUUAGAUACCAAAUAUGGUUGUUGAUUCCCAAUCUUUUUCAUGAACUCUAUGGAAUUUGUUCCAGCUGAUUGAGCUGAACUUUUGUAAUUAAGCAGUGUCCAUAUGAUCAAAUCGUAUACAAAACUUUGUCAGGUAAGUUUUGGUUUCUUGUUGGGAUACUUUCUGAUAUAUAUAGCUUAUUUUCUUCUCCUCUCAAUCUUGAGAGUAGAGAAUUUCUCA